AUGGACGCUUUUCAUAAAACCGCUGGCGGUGUUGUGGCUGCUUUGAGGGAAUCGGCAAAGCAUAUGCCUCCAUUGAGUCAGUAUCAGCUUUCUGCGGUUUUGGCUGCUCUUAGCACACAUGCACUCUUUCAGCUCCAUGAAUUCCAGCCGAUGGAUGUUCUCUUCGCAUUCUCUGCUUUGAAUCUUGGUCUCAGACUGUUUCUCGACAAGCAAACCACAGAGACCGGCAUUGUUGUUCUACAAGCCCAACUCAAUCUGAUCUACUUCGUGUCUCUUUUCACAUCAAUCGCCAUCUACCGACGAUUUUUGCACCGCACACGUCAAUUCCCAGGCCCAUUCCUAGCUUCAAUUACAAAAUGGUGGGCCUGGGUUGUCGUCUACCGCGGCGAGUACCAUCGGACCGUGCGGGCUUUGCAUAACUCCACCAAAAGUGACAUCGUCCGCGUCGGGCCACGGGAGCUGGAUAUUUGCAACGUCGACUUCAUCGGACCCUUGUAUGGUGUAGGUACCAAAUGCAUAAAAGGGCCUUGGUACGAGGGCACUCUGAUGGGCAGCCACCACCGCUUUUUACAGAACGAGAAACCCGAGGGCCAUCUCUGGAAGCGAAGAAUCUGGGAUGCCGGAUUCAACUCGAAAAGCAUUCGCGAAUAUGAGCCACACGUGUUGCGUGUCAACGAAGAGCUACUAGAGAAGCUGAAGAAGCUUACUAAAGAUGGAAAGCCUAUUGAUAUCGGACUCUAUUUUGCAUUUUUCACGUGGGAUAUCAUGGGUGAUCUCGGAUUUGGAGAGUCGUUUGAUAUGAUCAACACGGGCACCGCAAACGAUGCCAUGAAUGUCGUGCAAGGCUUUACGCGAUUCAACUCAUUAGUCUGCACAAUCCCGUGGUGCUCCACACUCUUUGCAUGGUUCCCUAAAGAUCCGAAGGCCGAAGGGCUCUUCACGUUCGCCAAGGAGAGAGUCAAGCAGCGUCUCCCCCUUGGCACCACCCGUGACGACAUAUUCACACACUUGCUCCGCGAGGACCGCGUAUCGAAGAAGAAGUACAGCGACUUAGAACUAAUCCUCGAGUCCCUGAUGCUGACCAUCGGUGGCUCUGACACCACUUCCAGCAGCUUAGCAACCAUCUGCUACUACCUCAUGGCCAACCCCUCCAAAUACGCCAAGCUCAAGGCCGAAAUCCACCCCUACGACGGGCCGCUCACCCACCUCCAUCUCGCCAAAUUCCCCUACCUCAACGCCGUCAUCCGCGAAGCCCUACGCCUGCUGCCGCCCAUCGGCUCUGGGAUGAUGCAUCGCGAGACGCCCCCCGAAGGCCUCACCGUCAACGGCAUCCACCUCCCCGGCAACACGAGCGUGGGCAUCGGCGCUUACGAGAUCCAGCGGGACGCUCGCUACUACGGGAAUCCCGACGAGUUUAUCCCCGAGCGAUGGCUUGGCGAGGGGCCAGAGCCUUUUGACAGGAACGCCUUUCUUGUUUUCUCGUAUGGCCCAUAUAGCUGUGUGGGCAAGCAUUUGGCGUAUUUGGAGCUGUGCGAUGUCAUUGCAGGGGUGGUGAAGACUUUUGAUAUGGAGUUUGCGCCGGGGUAUGAUGCUGGGAGUUAUGAGAUGAGUAUUAAAGAUAGUGUGGUUAGUACGAGGGCGCAUUUGUCAGUUAUUCUCAAGGCGAGAGCGUGAAGUGGGUGAGAAUUGGGUAGCUAGUUGGAGAGGCAGA